CUCAGUAGAGGGUUUUCCCUGGGAGACCCUGAGCUUCCCACUGGCCCAAGAAAGUGCAGCCCCGAGGGAUUGGAGGAGCCUAGAAGGGAGGGAAGAGGUCUGGGUCCCUCCCCCUUUGCUUGGUCCUCUCUUCAAACGCCUCAAGUGCCUUCAUUCCUUGGCCCCCGCCUCCCAGCCUUGCCCGGCCCCAGCUGCAGGCUCCUAUUGGGGGUGGGGGAGUGGAGGAGCCGAACUCAGGGUCCCUACCCUGUCCCCAGGCCACUUUCCUUCUCAUAUUGCCAGGCAGAGAUGGGGAAACUUGAGCGGUGCAAAACCCUUUGGCUUCCACAGCUGGGAAGAACCAGGGAACUCCCGUUCCCCUUGCCUUCCGCUUAGCUCCCUGCGGAGCCGGAUCCCAAGGAGCCCACUCAUUUUUCCUACUGGAGCCCUCGACCCAGAAGUCCGGUUCCCCUUCUGCAGCCCUCUGGAUGGCAGGGAGGAGCAGGGCCGGCUGGGAGGCUGCCCCGCCCUCCGGCCAGACACGCCAGGCUCUCAGUCCCAGCCCAUGGAUCUGCGAGUGGGCCAGCGGCCCCCAGUGGAGCCCCCGCCGGAGCCCGCGCUGCUGGCCCUGCAGCAUCCCCAGCGCCUGCACCGCCGUCUCUUCCUGGCGGGCCUGCAACAGCCACAGCGCCCGGCGGAGCCCAUGAGGCUCCCAAUGGACGCACCCAUGCCGGAGCUGCAGGGCGGGCAGCAGGAACAGGAGCUGCGGCAACUUCUCAACAAAGACAAGAGCAAGCGAAGUGCGGUGGCCAGCAGCGUGGUCAAGCAGAAGCUGGCUGAGGUGAUCCUGAAGAAGCAGCAGGCGGCCCUUGAGAGAACAGUCCAUCCCAGCAGCCCCAGUAUUCCGUACAGAACUCUUGAGCCCUUGGACACAGAGGGUGCUGCCCGCUCCAUGCUUAGCAGCUUCCUGCCUCCAGUGACCAGCCUGCCCGCCGAAGCCCCGGAACACUUUCCCCUGCGUAAAACAGUGUCUGAGCCCAACCUGAAGCUGCGCUAUAAGCCCAAGAAAUCCCUGGAGCGGCGCAAGAAUCCCCUGCUUAGAAAGGAGAGUGCCCCGCCCAGCCUUCGGCGGCGGCCUGCAGAGACCCUCGGAGAUUCCUCCCCGAGUAGCAGCAGUACACCAGCCUCGGGGUGCAGCUCCCCCAAUGACAGCGAGCAUGGCCCCAACCCUGCCCUGGGCUCCGAGGCGCUCUUGGGCCAGCGGCUGCGGCUGCAGGAGACUUCUCUGGCCCCGUUCGCUUUGCCGACCAUGUCCUUGCUGCCCGCAAUCACACUGGGGCUGCCUGCCCCUGCCAGGGCUGACGGUGACCGCAGGACCCAUUCGACUUUGGGCCCUCGGGGUCCUGUCCUGGGGAACCCCCAUGCUCCGCUUUUCCUGCACCAUGGUCUGGAGCCAGAGGCUGGGAGCACCUUACCCUCUCGCCUGCAGCCCAUUCUGCUGCUGGAUCCCUCGGUCUCCCAUACCCCGCUGUGGACUGUGCCUGGGCUUGGGCCCUUGCCCUUCCAUUUUGCCCAGCCCUUACUGACCACCGAGCGGCUCUCCGGGUCAGGCCUCCACCGGCCACUUAACCGGACCCGCUCAGAGCCCCUGCCCCCCAGCACCACUGCCUCCCCUCUGCUGGGCCCCCUGCAGCCCCGCCAGGAUCGGCUCAAACCUCAUGUCCAGCUGAUCAAGCCAGCCAUCUCCCCUCCCCAGAGGCCUGCCAAACCGAGUGAGAAGCCCCGCCUGCGUCAGAUACCCUCAGCAGAGGACCUGGAGACAGACGGAGGGGGAGCGGGGUCUGUGGCGAACGAUGGCCUGGACCACAGGGAGUCAGGCCACGGGCCUCCCACGGGCAGGUGCCCUGUUUCUCUGCAGCAGCACCAACAGGUGCCUCUCUGGGAGCAGCAGCAUCUCGCUGUGCGGCUCUCCCAGGGAAGCCCCGGGGACCCUGCGCUGCUACCUCUGGCCCAGGCGGGACACCGGCCCCUGUCCAGAACCCAGUCUUCCCCAGCGGCACCCAUCUCCCUGCUGAGCCCAGAGCCCACCUGUCAGACUAAAGUCCUCAACAACUCAGAGACACCCGCCACAGGGCUGGUCUAUGAUUCAGUGAUGUUGAAACACCAGUGCUCCUGUGGAGAUAACAGCAAACACCCCGAGCAUGCAGGCCGCAUCCAGAGCAUCUGGUCCCGGCUGCAGGAGCGGGGUCUCCGCAGCCAGUGUGAGUGUCUCAGAGGCCGGAAGGCCUCCCUAGAGGAGCUGCAAUCAGUCCACUCUGAAAGGCACGUGCUCCUCUAUGGCACCAACCCCCUCAGCCGCCUCAAACUGGAUAACGGGAAGCUGACAGGACUCCUGGCACAGCGGAUGUUUGUGAUGCUACCCUGUGGCGGGGUUGGGGUAGACACUGACACCAUCUGGAACGAGCUGCAUUCCUCCAAUGCAGCCCGCUGGGCUGCGGGCAGCGUCACCGACCUUGCCUUCAAAGUAGCUUCCCGAGAGCUAAAGAACGGCUUUGCUGUGGUGAGGCCCCCAGGACACCACGCAGAUCAUUCCACAGCCAUGGGCUUCUGCUUCUUCAACUCCGUGGCCAUCGCAUGCCGACAGCUACGAGAGCAGGGCAAGGCCAGCAAGAUCCUCAUCGUUGACUGGGAUGUUCACCAUGGCAACGGCACACAGCAAACUUUCUACCAGGACCCCAGUGUGCUCUACAUUUCCCUGCAUCGCCAUGAUGACGGCAACUUCUUCCCAGGCAGUGGGGCUGUGGAUGAGGUGGGGACCGGCAAUGGCGAAGGCUUCAAUGUCAAUGUGGCUUGGGCUGGGGGCUUGGAUCCACCCAUGGGGGAUCCUGAGUACCUGGCUGCCUUCAGGAUAGUGGUGAUGCCCAUUGCCCGAGAGUUCGCUCCGGACCUGGUCCUGGUGUCCGCUGGGUUUGAUGCUGCCGAGGGUCACCCAGCCCCGCUGGGUGGCUACCAUGUUUCUGCCAAAUGUUUUGGGUACAUGACACAGCAGUUAAUGGCCUUGGCAGGAGGCGCCGUGGUGUUGGCCUUAGAGGGUGGCCAUGACCUCACAGCCAUCUGUGAUGCCUCUGAGGCCUGUGUGGCUGCUCUUCUGGGCAACAAGGUGGAUCCCCUUUCAGAAGAAGGCUGGAAACAGAAACCCAACCCCAAUGCCAUCCGCUCUCUGGAAGCUGUGAUCAGGGUGCACAGGAAAUACUGGGGCUGCAUGCAGCACUUGGCCUCCCGUCCAGAUUCUUGGCUGCCCAGAAUGCCAGGGGCUGAUGCAGAAGUGGAAGCCGUGACCGCACUGGCAUCCCUCUCCGUGGGUAUCCUGGCUGAAGACAGGCCCUCAGAGCAACUGGUGGAAGAGGAAGAACCUAUGAAUCUCUAGGACGUCGGGACAGAUCACCUGCCCUUCAGACAUGGCUUUCCUCACCUCUCUGUCAACCCUGUUCCUGGGUCUGCAGAGACCCUCCGGGCAGGUAGUCAGGUCCAGAGCACAGCCUACCCUGACAGCAGCCCCAGGGAACUUGAGAAGGCCACUGGGUCUGGGAUGGGGACCGGGAAGGAUCCUGGGAGGAGGCAGGCUGGGCACGAGGGCUCAGCUGGACUCGUCUAGAACAGAUCCAGCUCCCUGGUGUCCAGGCCCCCCUAGCUGUGGCCUCCAUCCCUCAGGACUGCACAGAGGAGGGCUGCCUCAGGUGGGCCCACCACUACCACUAUUCUUAACUUGGAAGACCCCAGAUUUUGCACACCGCCCCGGGCUCCAUACAGAAAUGUGAACUUGGCCUCAGCCAGGGCGGCCCUUCCCAGGUUCUGAAGGGCUAGGGGAGCGGCAGGAGCCUCGGGUCCCCUAUUCCUGAGUACAGGAGAGUUCCUCUCACCUCCUCCUCAGUUGUCUUCUGGUAGCACUUCUGGGCUCAGAGAGCCAUUCUGAGCUGCGCUCUCCCUGUGAGUAGUCAGUCACCAGCAAGCCUCCCACCUGGUCACUGUCCUGCCAGAGGCCACCCUACGUGGACCAUCUCAGUGCCCUGGUGCAGCAGACAGGUGCUCUCCGAGUCCUGGGCUUCCUGACCCAAUGGUGCCAAACCUUCAUCUCCCCUUAAAAGCACAACACAGUCCCAGGGAUGCCUGGCCACUGCUCCCAGUGUGAGCCUGCCUUCUGUUUCUGGGGUUUCCCCCACCUCAGCUCUGACUGCUGCCCCACACAGAACUAGCUUGACGGAGGCAGGAUAAGGUAGAGGAGUAGACAGACGUGGAAGCGAGGAGGCCACCCCAGAAGUCUUCAAGGCUUUUGCGGUCUAGGCCCGGGGCCAAGAAAGAGUAUUUGUGCGUAUGUGUGUGAGCGUGUGCGUGCCAGAAUGUGUGCGUGUAUGUCUUCCCAAGACCUGCCAUACCUUGUGUAUGUGUGCAUGUUUUUGUAAAAAAGAAAAAAAAAAUGGAAAAAAAAAAACCUGAACAAUAAAUGUUUUAUUUGCUUUAAAGGCCUUGUGAGUACGCCUCCUGGAUGUUAGUGAUACAUCAUCAGUGGGGUGGGUGCGCACCCGGCACCCUGCAAUGGGCUGAAAAAGGGGGCAAGUUGGGGCCGAACUCAGACUCUCUAGUCCCUUACCCUCCCACGGCUACUGCAUGCAGGAAGAAGCCACUCCAAAUACAUGCUUACCACCAACCCAGGUGAAAAAGGAGAUGAGCCUGGGCUGAGCCCUACAGACUGGGCCCUGUGGGAUAGGGGACAAGUUCUCAGGCUCAGUUUGCCAAGACACCCCAAAAAGGUCAUGAAGCACACACCUGGGCUUAAGUCCUGCCGUGUCCGUAGUCACCGUCUCCUGGAUCUUUCAGUAAAUGGCCCUAGGUGUGGACAUGGCUUCUGGUUCCUUACCAUGAUGUUUUAAGCAUAUAUCGUAAAGUAAAAGGAUGGAUGAGACAAGAGGCCAGAAAAAAAACGUGCCCAGCAUAAUGGGGGGGGCAGUUGGGGGGUAUUGCCAGCUCCUGUCUUUCUGGUUCUAAGUCUGCCCAGCCUGGUCACCAUAUACCUUGGAGCCCCAAGCAGUCUGUUUGGAGUAGGAGGGGGAAAAGAAAAAAAGAUUCUCUUUCUCUGACCUGGGGGGGGGGGGUAUGGAAUCUGCAGGGGAUGCUGAGACUGUGAGCAUCCUAGCCCCAUAGGGCAGGGCUGGGGGAGCAAAGGAGGACUGAGUUAGUGGUCUCCUCAUGCCAAGAGGGUAGGCUGCCCGCUCGCCCAGAGCUUACCUUAGAGAUAUAAUCAGAUAGGUGGAGGCCCCACCUCACCCGCUCAUACAGUCCCCUCUCAAGACGGCCCUCCCCCCCCAAAGAAACACCCUGAGGCUGAUAAAAAUGGCCGCUGUAUUUCUGCUAAAGUGACAGUGUAAGGCAGAGAGCGAGGGGGGCGGGACCCUGGUGGAGAAGUGGACGUGCAAAAUGGCAACCUAACAAGAAAGGAUAAACGUAGCGGCCCCCGUCCCACCUCUCUACUUAGGUGAGGCCUUGGGCCCAUGUCCAUUCAGGAGAGAGAUGAGCGUCAAUGUUGGGGUUCGGUGCAGGGAGAGGUCCUCGGGGUCGGGGUGGUCUUGUGCAGUGAGGGUCAGGUGAACGUGCAAGGCUGGAGACCCAGGCGUAGAGGUAUAGUGCUCUCUAGCCCCCACCAGCUUGCCCUCUUAUCCCAAAGCCCUUCUAGGUAGGUGCAUGGGUGUGUUUCCUGUGGUCCUCAGGUCUAGCCUCAUCCGAGGAGCCCAGCUCUGGCAAUGUGUGGUCAUGUGUGCGCAUGUGACACACAGGAAUGGUUGGCGGGCUCUAGCACCCUCGUGGGAAACAAACUCUGGAGGGAAGGUAGGGGGAGGGACACUGGGUUCUGUUCAGUCUUGCAGCUUGGGGACAGAGCCAACUGUCACUUCCCUAGGGACUGAUGAAUUCAGCUACCUGUCCCUUGAGAACAACAGGAUGGAGGUACUGGGGUGGGAUUUGGAGAGCUCUACUGGAGAUUCCUUACUUGAUCAGACCUUUCCAGAUGCCUCCCCCACCCCACCCCCCACACACACGGCUUCAGUGACGUCUAGGACAGCAAGGAAGCCUGUCUCCAACCCUGCCCCUCACCAGACGUUCAGACCUCACGGUCCUACCCCUUGACACCUUGAGUCCAUUAUUGUGGCCCUACUUACAAAGAUUCCUCAGAGUGCUAA